AGCUGGAAGCGCAGCGGGCGACGCAGGAUUUUCAGAGGGCCACUGAGGUGCUGCGUGCUGCAAAAGAGACCAUUUCCCUUGCUGAGCAGAGGCUACUGGAAGAUGACAAACGCCAGUUUGACUCUGCCUGGCAAGAGAUGCUCAAUCAUGCUACUCAGAGGGUCAUGGAAGCAGAACAGACCAAAACGAGAAGUGAAUUGGUUCACAAGGAGACUGCAGCCAAAUACAACGCUGCCAUGGGAAGGAUGAAACAACUGGAGAAGAAGCUGAAAAGAGCCAUCAAUAAAUCAAAACCUUAUUAUGAACUCAAGGCCAAGUACUAUAUCCAGCUAGAGCACCUGAAGAAAACGGUGGAUGACCUGCAGGCAAAGCUGGCCCUGGCAAAGGGAGAGUAUAAGACUGCCCUGAAAAACCUGGAGAUGAUCUCGGACGAGAUUCAUGAGAGGAGACGGUCCACUGCCAUGGGGCCCCGAGGAUGUGGCGUGGGUGCUGAAGGGAGCAAUGCCUCUGUGGAAGACCUGUCAGCAAGUAAACCGGAGUCAGACACCAUCUCCAUGGCUUCCGAAGUGUUUGAGGAUGACAACGGCAGCAGCUUCAUAUCCGAAGAAGAUUCGGAAACUCAGUCGGUGUCCAGCUUCAGCUCUGGUCCUACGAGUCCCUGUGAGGUGCCCACUCCGUUUCCUCCCACCACACGACCUGGAAGGCUGGAUCUGCCCAGCCCCGUAUCCCUCUCGGAGUUCGGGAUGGUCUUCCCUGUCCUCGGCCCCCGAAGUGAAUGCAGCGGGGCUUCCUCCCCGGAGUGCGAAGCCGAAAGAGGGGAUAGGGCAGAAGGGGCUGAGAACAAGCCAAGCGACAGAGCCAGCAAGAAUAGGAGCAGCAACAGGAGCAGCUCCGCUGAGGGGCUGGCUUUGGAGAACCGCGUGAAGCAGCUCUCCCUCCGGGGCAUGAAAAUCAAGGAGGGAACGGGCGCAGGCAGAAAAGCUGCCCAGAUUGGCUGAGUCCUCCUCCUGCCCUCUGUGGGAGUAUAAAUAUUUAUCCACGGACUACUAAGUGUUUGAAGAACAUUGUGCCAAUAAUACCCGCUGAUCUUAAGCGUU